AUGACGAGUCGAAAUCAAAUAGGAUCGCAAUCAGUUACGUCGGAUUCUCAACAAACAUCAACUGAUGGACCAACAUUGUUGAAAUGUUUUAAAAAAAAGAAAUUGUUAUGUAUCAUUAAUGUUAUUAUCAUUGUUAUUUUGUUCGUAACUAUUCCAACCGUGAUUAUUAAAACAAACAAAAUAAAACUAUCAACUGUGACAACAGAGAUAACAACUCAACAAUUGACAAUAACAACGGACAAUCCAACAACACGAGUACAAAGCAAGCCAAAAUGUGACAAAUGGAAACAACGUGGAAUUACUGUUGCUGGAGGAAAUAAAUUCGGAUCUCAAUUAAAUCAACUCAAUGCUCCUCAUGGAAUCUAUAUCGAUGAUAGCAAAGCCAUUUUGGUUGCUGAUCUUAUGAAUCAUCGUCUUGUGGAAUGGAAAUAUAAUGCAAAGGAAGGACAAAUCAUUGCAGGUGGAAAUGGAGAAGGAAAUAGCCUGGAUCAACUCAGUUUCCCAAACGACGUAACUGUUGACAAAGAGAAGAAUGCGAUGAUCAUAUGUGAUGCUGGGAACGAAAGAGUGAUGCGAUGGUAUCGUCAAAGUCAAACAAAUCCACAACUUCUCGUUUCUGGUAUUUACUGUGGUGGUGUGGCAAUAGAUAAAGAUGGGUCUAUUUACGUUUCUGAUAACACAAAGUCUGAAGUGAGACGAUGGAAAGAAGGCGACUCAGAUGGAACACUAGUUGCAGGUGGCAAUGGCGGGGGAUAUCUUCGGAAUCAAUUAAAGAGACCUGACAAAAUCUUUGUUGAUAAAGAAUAUUCUGUUUAUGUAGUGGAUUCCAAAAAUCAUCGUGUGAUGAAAUGGAAAAAAGAGGCAAAAGAAGGAAUUGUUGUUGCUGGUGGAAACGACCCUGAAAAUGGGCUCAACGAAUUAAGGCUUCCUUAUGGAUUGGUUAUUGGUAAUUUGGGUUACAUCUUUAUUGCAGAUUCUGAAAACAAUCGAAUAAUGCAAUGGUAUGAAGGAGAUACAAAAGGUUCAAUUGUUGUUGGUGAAAAUGGUGGAGGACAUGAAUCAAAUCAAUUAAAUAUUCCCAGAAGUGUGGAAUUUGAUGUUGAAGGAAAUCUUUAUGUUACUGAUUCUCAGAAUCAAAGAAUUCAAAAAUAUGAACUAUGUACUGAAUAA